AUGGAGCGUGCCGGCUCACCACCUCCAUCAUCCUCGUCCCCAAACGCAUCCGUCUCCAGCGUUAGCGACAACCUGACAGAAGUCCCCACAGCCCGCGACCGUCGUCCCUCCCAAUUUGCAGAUACACGAUCGGGUGCCCUCUGUCGCCGGCAGACAAAUCUCAACAAUGUUGAGCUCGAGCGCAUUGAGACAUAUCGACUCCAGCAUCGGACAACAGUAGGAUCUGGGCACCCAGUUGCUCCACGAGAUAAAUGGCUACCUAUGGGCGCAGAGAAGCCCUACCCGCCCGAUUUGCCAGACCCGGAGCAGUUCGUGGUUGAGUUUACAGGUUCAGAUGAUCCCAUGCAUCCCCAAAACUGGCCGCUGAACAAACGAAUCAUAAUCUCCGCUACCUUGGCCUAUACGACAUUCGUAUCUUCUUUCGCGAGUGCCAUAUACUCAUCUGCGGCACUCGCAAUUGCAAUGAACUUCCACAUCAGUACUGAAGUCGCUAUCCUCGGUAUAACAUUGUACGUCCUCGGCUUUGCCUCCGGUCCGACGCUAUGGGCGCCCAUGAGUGAACUGAUUGGGAGGAAAAUGCCUCUCAUCGUGGGAAUGUUCGGAUACUCUCUAUUUACGGUCGCGGCUGCUACCGCUAAGGACGUACAAACUCUUAUGUUGACUCGAUUCUUCGCUGGUUUCUGCUCAGCCAGCCCAAUCGCAAUUGUUCCGGCGGUUUUUGCAGAUAUCUGGAAUAACCAGACCCGCGGUGUGGCUAUCGCUAUGUUUGCAAUGGCUGUUUUCGUCGGCCCAUUUGCAUCCCCUUUCACUGGAGGUUUCAUAACGAUGUCCUACUUGGGCUGGAGAUGGACAAUGUACAUUGCUUGUAUUAUGGGCUUCCUGGCAGUGGGACUUUGUCUUGUCUUUUUGAAAGAAACAUAUGCACCGGCCAUCUUAGUUGAGAAAGCAAAGACCCUCCGUCGCCAGACACAUAAUUGGGGAAUCCGAGCUAGACAAGAAGAAGUUGAGCUCGACUGGGGAGAGAUCAUCAGUAACAACUUCAGCCGCCCGUUUCGAAUGCUCUUCACGGAGCCAAUUGUAUUUCUAAUCUCUCUAUGGAUGAGCUUUGUCUAUGGCUUGAUUUACGCUCUUCUCAGUGCAUACCCAGUGGUCUUUCAAGGAAUCCACGGGAUGAAUCUGGGAGUUGGAAGUCUUCCAUUCAUCGGCCUCAUCAUCGGUGAGGUAUUGGCUGGUGCUUAUAUUCUGUAUGAUCAAAAAUCAUAUGCGAAAAAGCUUGCCGAUAACAACAAUAUACCGAUUCCCGAAUGGCGACUCCCACCAUCGAUUCUCGGAGGCAUCUGCUUUACGAUCGGGCUCUUUUGGUUCGGCUGGACUGGCUGGACGAAGGCUAUUCACUGGAUGGCACCAACUGCUAGUGGCGUCAUCACUGGGUUUGGAAUUUACGUGAUCUUUUUGCAAUGUUUCAACUACUUGAUCGACUCGUACCUGAUUUUUGCCGCUUCCGUGUUCGCCGCAAAUACAAUCAUGCGGUCUGCUGUAGGUGCUGCGUUCCCUCUGUUCUCCAAACAGAUGUUCCAAAAUCUUGGAGUGCAAUGGGCUGGUACACUGCUCGGUUGUUUGGCUCUUAUAAUGGUACCCAUUCCACUCGUCUUCAUCAAGUGGGGCCCGGCCUUGAGGAAGAAGUCCAAAUUUGCACCAGCUUUUGGGCUGGUCGGGACUACGCCGUCCGAAAAAGAACCUCGUGCAUCUGUGUAG